AUGAAGGUUAUUGUGGUUCUUAUAUCUGUGUGGAUUGAGGUCGCUCUGUCGGAGCAAAGAGAAAAGAGACAGGCGAGUUGUCAAGAGCCAGCGUUGCCGAAUGUGUGUCUGUCGGCGGGCGGGAGGGUGUAUUUCCCGCACCCGAUUGACCUCCAGAAGUUCAUACAGUGUGCGGACAACGGACGGAUGUUCGUGAUCACGUGUCCCAUGGGCGAGAUGUACAACCAGGCGACCACCUCGUGCAUGGGCGCUCAGACGGUCAAGACUACUCCACCGGCUACACUUCCACCGACAACACUUCCGCCUAAAACUCCCGCUCCCUACAACCCAUGCACCGGCGCCAACAUGGCCACUGGGAUGAUCUUCUUCGCGUACCCCGGGGACAACCAGAAGUUCUACGAAUGUAACCUGCAGGGACAGCCCAUCCUCCUCACGUGCCCGUCACGCCUCGUGUUCGACAACAUGCGAAAGUCAUGCGUUCUUCCGGCAGGUACCAAUACCGGGGGAACCAAUACAGGAACAACUACGGGAACCGGAACUGGCACGGGAACAGGAACCGGAACCGCCACUGGAGCGGUUACCUCAGGUAACCCGUGUCCGGCUCACGCGAUCCAGGGCGACAACCUGUUCUUCCCGCACCCCGACCCGAGUAAGUACAUUCAGUGUGAUUUUGCUGGAGACGCCUAUGUGAUGCAGUGCCCAGCCACACUCGUCUGGAAACAGACCGUCAAACAGUGCUCCUCCCCCUACCAGUACGUCACUCCCAAAAAUGGACUGGUUGGCUAG